CCACAAGGUUCCGUUUCCAGCAAUUUCUGUGCACGGCGGAUAAAUGCAGGGGCAGCUAGAGGUUUCUAGAAACAACGUGCACCGGACAGUCACCGGCAAACAGUCCUGCUCUCUGCAGAACACGUUACAUAUUUACACAUUUAUCAAAAUAAUUUAGCUGGCCAGAUGGCUAAGUGGGGAGAAGGAGACCCUCGUUGGAUUGUAGAGGAGAGAGCCGAUGCGACUAACGUCAAUAAUUGGCACUGGACCGAACGAGAUGCGACAAACUGGUCGUCAGACAAAUUAAAAUCCCUGCUCCUCGGGGUGAGUGUGGAGAACGACGAGGGGAGCUGCGAGGUGACCGAAGUCAGCAAGUUGGAUGGAGAGGCCUCGAUUAACAACCGCAAAGGGAAGCUUAUUUUCUUUUAUGAAUGGAACCUGAAAGCUACCUGGACUGGAAAGUCGAAAGCUGGAGUCAAAUAUAAAGGAACAAUUGAAGUUCCAAACCUGUCUGAUGAGAACGACAUGGACGAUCUUGAUAUUUCUAUAUCACUGAAUAAAGACGAACCUGAGACGCCAUUAAUCAGCCUGAUGAAGACAAAAGGAGCUGAUAAAAUCCGCGACGCCCUGGGAAGCUACGUUGGGUUCUUAAAAACAGAGUUCACACAGGGGAUGAUCCUGCCGACAGCCAACGGUGUGGCCAAGCCUGAGUCCACAUCGCAGUCCAAAGCCAAGCUGGAUAAAACUCGGAUUUCCUCCUCAAGCAGCACAGCUGCUCCAGUCAACGCCGGCGUCAAGAUCCCCACCUGCAAAUUCAGCUUGAAAGAAACGUUCCUCACUUCACCAGCUGACCUCUACAGGGUCUUCCUGAACCAGGAGAUGGUCCAGGCGUUCACACACGCUCCUGCCACAGUGGACGGCGAAAGGGGCGGAAAGUUUCGUCUUCUAGAAGGAAACGUUUUCGGCGAAUUCACAGAGCUGGUGCCUGAUGAGAAAAUAGUCAUGAAGUGGAGGUUUAACAACUGGCCCUGCGAGCAUUACGCCACAAUCACGAUGACUUUCCUGGACCGGAGCAGCGAGACGGAGCUGAAGGUGGAGUGUCGAGGCGUGCCGAACAGCGAGGAGGAGCGGACGAAAGAGGGCUGGAAGAGAUACUACUUUGAGGCUAUUAAACAGACUUUUGGCUACGGAGCCCGACUCUUCUGAAGACGGCCCCACCGUAGUUCUGUUUUCUUUUCCGUUCUGAGUUUUUAAACUUGUCCUCCGAUCUGCCACGAGACGUCCCCGUUGUAAACUCAUAGCACGAGUUAACGAAAAGAGACAAAAUAAGUGAAGGCCGAUCUGCCACCCGUCUGUGUAUGUGUAUGUUUUUAAGUUUUGAACAUAUUUAAAUCUCGGUUUCUCCCACCAGUGUUUUUGGUCAGUCGUUCAGAGGAACGUGAAGUGGACUGUGCCUUUGGGACUGUGGAUGGAAAAUGGAAUAAAGCAAAGAAUCUAUAGAACCACUAGAGCUUAUUGGCCCCCACUUCUAUAAAUAUGUAAUUACUGCAAGAGUUAAAAUAAAUGUUGUUUUUCUUUUAUUUGAAAAGAAGAAAUUUCCAUUGAAAUUUUUUUUUUUUUUUUACUUAUUUUACUCUUUUCAAGUGUAACUGUAGUGAAGAUGCUUUGAGCAGACAUGCAUGUUUAGUUUCUAAUUUCAAACUGCCGGAGGGAGGAAUGACUACUGGAUCUCAGCUUUACUCGUGAAGUUUGUCACUUAUAGCUUUACCGUACUGUAUUGGAGACCUGAUUUCAUGCACGGUUUCAGCGUCUGCCUGUCUGUGAUCAGAUCAGACCUUCAGCACGAACACCAACGUUCAGUCGGUGUCGCAACAUGAAAAGGUUCGGUUCCUUGUGCAGGUAGCUGGCGUAGCAUCUCGAGACGUUUUGCUAUAUUUGGCUUCAAAAUGUACAUUUCCAGUAAACAGUUUGCAGAACAAAAUGCAUCUAUUUAUUCAUCAUUUCAUUCCUUCAUGAUGUAAAAAAUCCGAGUUGGUUGGAAUAAACCAAAACCUGUAUGCUC